AUGACGAACCUCCUCCGUGGAUCCGCCUUCAUCACCGGCGCCGCCUCCGGUAUCGGGCAGCACACUGCUCUCGCCUUUGCGAAACACGGUAUCACCAAGCUGGCCUUGGCGGACAUAAACCUGGAGGCUUUGCGGACGUCCAACGCUGCGCUCAAGGACCAGUUUCCCCACGUCGAGAUUUUGACUCUGCACCUUGAUGUUCGCAGCCCAUCCCAAGUCAAGGAAGGAAUCGCAAAAGUCGUGGCUCAGUUUGGGCGUCUGGACAUCGCCGUCAACAAUGCCGGCAUUAGCGGCAGCGGUCGACAGACCCACGAGAUAGAGAAUGACGAGUGGUUGGGGGUUCUUGACGUGAAUCUGCAGGGUGUCUAUCGUUGCCAAAAGGAGGAGCUUGCAGUUAUGGUCAAUCAGGAGGACCUUGGGCCAAGAGACGGCCGCGGAAGGAUCGUUAACGUUGCAAGCAUGCUUGCCGUUGUUGCGCCCUGCAACCGUAUGGCUCACACUGCUUACACAACUUCCAAGCAUGGAGUUAUCGGGUUAACUAAAGCAGACGCCAAUUCAUACGGCAGCAUGGGCAUCCGGAUCAACGCUAUCUGUCCCGGAUACGUCGAAACGCCUUUGCUCAGAAACACGAUGGCCCAAGACCCCAACUCCCCUCUCGCGGCUGAUCUUGCCAGAACCCCGUUGAAGCGGCUGGCGACGAUGGAGGAGGUGGGUGAUAGUAUCGUUCUCAUGGCCUCUCCCAUGAAUAGCUUUAUGCAAGGUGCUAGCAUUGUGUGUGAUGGCGGCUUCACUACCAACUGA